AUGUCGGCCUCACCUACAACAGCUCCUACACAAUCCACAAAACGUCCUCUCGAGGACCCAUCAUCCCCUUCUGCACCAAGCGAUCAACCAGAUGCCAAGCGUCCUGCUUUAGAUAAGAUUGUAAAGGGUGAAGAUGAUUCAGAAAAGAAACCAUCUGUCAUUGAAACUGAGCUCCCAGUCCUCACCAAUCCAAAUGGAGAUGCGAAACCUGAUGAAGCCAAUGGAAUAAAAGAAGAAGUAAAGGAUGCUCAGGGAGAUACCGAGGUCGUUGACGCUCCUACUACUGAAGCAACACAACCAAUCCAAACAACGGUUCCUACUAAAACCGAAGGCACUUCCUCUGGAAAUGCUCUCCCACACGACGAAAGUGGAUGGAUACACGUUCGAUCCGUUAUUACAAGUGCCGAAGCUGCUACCGUCAUUGGCAAGGGAGGGGAAAAUGUUUCCUUGGUCCGAAAGCUUUCUGGUGCAAAAUGUACAGUCAGCGAUUAUCAAAAGGGAGCAGUGGAAAGAAUUUUGACUGUCAGUGGUGUUGUUGAUGCAGUAGCUAAGGCAUUUGGUUUGAUAAUUCGAACAUUGAACAAUGAACCUCUCGAAGCUCCUUCGGACUCAACCUCGAAGACAUACCCUCUUCGCCUUCUUAUUCCACAUAUUUUGAUUGGUUCUAUAAUUGGUAAAGGUGGUGUUCGGAUCAAAGAGAUCCAAGAAGCUUCAGGGGCUCGUUUGAAUGCUUCCGAUUCGUACCUUCCACUUUCAACCGAGAGAUCACUUGUUGUUCUUGGCGUCGCAGAUGCCGUCCACAUUGCAACCUAUUAUGUGGGAAGCACAUUGUUUGAACAAUUGACAGAGAGAUUUGGCGGUCCCGCUGCAUCUGCCUAUGCAUCAAGAAGCGGUGGACCUGCAGGUGUGGUCCCAGGUGGUAUGCAGGUUGUUCCAUAUGUUCCACAACCAGCUGGUGGAAACUAUGGUCACCCUGACAACCAUCGUCGUUCUGACCGUGGAUCUCACCAUACUCCUGGAAACAGCUAUGCCCAACCAUACGGUCAAGGGCAAGCACCUCACCAACAGCCAGCUGCUGCUGCACAUUACGGUGGACACGCUUCUCCAGCCGUUGGCGGGUAUGGUGGAGUGGGUCCACAACAACCACAAGCUGGCCACGCUGUUCCUCAACCACAUGGUGCUACUGGCCCACAAGGUCAACCUAUGCCAGGUGCUAUCCCGGGUCAACCCUUAACACAACAAAUCUUCAUUCCAAAUGAUAUGGUUGGAGCUAUAAUUGGUAAAGGUGGUGCCAAGAUUAAUGAAAUCAGACAACUCAGUGGUAGUGUCAUUAAGAUCAAUGAGCCUCAAGAUAAUUCAAAUGAGAGACUGGUUACAAUUACAGGAACAGCAGAGUGUAAUCAGAUGGCUUUAUACAUGCUCUACUCAAGGCUAGAGAGUGAACGUCACAGAGCUUCAAGCUAA